AUGGAUAAAAUAACAAUAGCCGCAAGCGCAGCCAUUUGCGGUACUAUCGUCGUGGCGGUUCUGAUAUUUGCGGCGGCAUCCCGUCGGCGGUCGCGAACUGUCCACCGACUCCACAGCCAGGCCCCGGAGAAGAUGGCGAACGCCUGCUGCGGCGGUCUGCCCGGAACGCCGAGUCCCAGUGGCCCUUUAUCAUCGCUAGCAACAAUCGGCGCAUUCGGAAAGCAGCGUGAGUGGGAUCAGGUGUCGGCUUACAGUGCACGUUCGAUCCCCCGCGCACGUACCUAUACAGAACCGGCUGCUCCGGACCCCUUGCCAGGCCGACCGGGCCGCACCCGUUCCCUCGCAGAUGGCCAAUCGCAACACAGUUACUCACAAUCUGGUCGCUACGGUGCACCAGGAUACCCGGGCAGUUUGUUAGGAUCUAGAACCGAUCUGCGCCAAUCGCGCCAGUCGUUGGGCGGGACAUCGGAACGUGCGUCGCGGCUGUCGUUGAGCGGCGCCGCUGGCGGUGCGACCGGCGGCACGACUGGCUCCAGGAGGAGACCAAGGUCGCGCUCCCGACCAGCCAGCCGGUACAGCGUCGGCUCCCUGGGGUUAGGGUAUUGCGAUACCUCGGACAACUGGACGGAUCACGAUAUGGAUAUAUACAUGGCGCGUAACGCGACUGCCAGGGGCGGCCUGGUGCCCUUA